UGAAAACGUAACGGCAAGAACGGAAGUGUAACACGGGAAUUAUACGCCUAAAAGCAUGCGUGUAUAAACAGCUAACGGUUGGAAAUUCGUAUUCAUAUUUAAAAAGGCAAUUUUUAACCACAACUACUUGAGGAGCAUCACUAAUCCUUGACGUAAAUAAAAGCAAAUAAACACCAACGCCAAAUAAAAAAAAGGAAUACGAACGCAUUAUUCGAAGACAAAAUAAGAAUAACAACCUUCACAGCUAUUUCAAUAAAAAGCCACGCAAAUGCAACGUGACGCGUUCUUAAUUUACGCCCUGGCCUCCACGACCUUGCUGCUUGGAAACAGUUGGUAUGCCUACGCAUAUGUCGCCAUGCCAGAGGAUGCCGCAGCAGCAGCCGCAGCCGCAGCAUCAGACUCAACGUCCGGCUCGAAUGCACUUGGUGAAGUAACAGGAAUGAAGUCUCAUCCCAAGCAUAUGGCAGAAUUAAUAGCCGCCACAUAUCCUGACAGAACGGCUGCUUCGGCGACGGGUUAUUUGAAAGAUGUUUCCGGAAGUGUCGCAUUUCAGCCAUCGCACCAGAUGUUGAAUGAGCUGAAUGGACGUGCGGCGGUCUACGAUCCGGGUGAUGAGUUACUACGCGCCUUAAAUACCGAAAUGGCUGCCAAUGGACACGAACUAGGCACACUGCCUGAAGAUCCCGAUUAUGCUGAUACAGUAUUUAACGAACUGGAAGUGGCAAACAAAUACGAAAUGCUACGUAAAUUAGAAAAUGAUUUGCGUGCUGAACAGGAAAUUGUUACGAAAUCGUCAUUGUUAAUGAAAAUGCUUGAGGACCCAAAUUUACAAACAUUGCCAGUCAUUUAUGUGGAGGAGGAUGAGGAGGAGCACUCCGAAGAAGACGCUGAUGUUAACAACAACAACAUGGCAUAUCAGUUAGGCGGAGUUGGUGCUGGUGUGGCCAAACGUUCACGUUACUAUCGUCGCUACCCAUGGAAGAGGCACAACAGGAAUCGCAGCACCUACGAGCCAGAGUUGCGUUAUGCUUGCACACCCACCAAGGAGGAUGUCUUUAAGUUGCUGAUGAAUCUACAUGAAAAUCGUAAAGGCAAUCAUAGCAAAACCGUGAAUUUCUGCAAUCGCAAACGUCCCGCCAAGGCAAUUUUCACCAACAUACGUUUUCUGGGUUAAAUUGAUGAAGUCGAAAUGUCGCAAAGUAAACAACUAACUAUGAAGGAAGACGGCUGGAAAUCAAGAACGAAUAAAUAUUUUAGGUCAAAAGUGAUGAAGAGGAAGAAGAAGAAGAAGCAGGAAAGCAAAAAACUAAAACAGAAGGUUGAAGCAAUUAUUUACAAAAUUAUAGCGGGAUUUGAAAAAAAAAAAUCCAAACCAAAAAUACCGAAAUAAAUUAAAGCAGAAAAUUUGUAAAAUAUUAAUUACAGAAAUCAUGGAGAAAUAUAAGAAUUGUAGGCCCUUUAUGCAGCUUGGUAAACUUUUUGCGUAAAAUUUAAGCAUAAAAUUAAAAUAAAAAUUACUUUUCGCUAAAAUAGUAUUUCAAUCAAAUAUGGUAUCCUACAGGAGGCAGCUAUUGUAA